UGACUUUAAAAUUCCAAACGGCUGCGUACAUUUGCUCCAUACACAGCAGAGGGAUUUUCAAAGCUAUUAUAGUAGCGAUACAACGGUUUAUGCGUGUGGUCCAAGUCUUUGAAAUUUCACCCUAUAUAUAGCCCAUCAUUUCAGGAUGAGUUCUGUCCAAGUGAAUGAUGAGAACAGUGGGGUCAUCCCAGCAGGAAAGCAGAGCAGCUCGUGUCAGGACAUAUUUUCUAUAGAUCAGUCCACUGGGAGGCCAUCGAUCCUGCGUCAGACGGAGAACCUGCCCAAUAAGACCAUGCCAAAGAGCACUAAGGUUUGUUUUCAGACCCCCAGGAGAGACCCUUUGACUAAAAGGAUUCUGUCUCCCAGCAACUCCAUUGUUAUGUCCAGUGUGGACGAAAACAACAAAGUAAUGGAAUCUCUUAAUUUGGACAAAUCAGAAAUUUUACAACAUGAGCCCACCACUGACCCUCCAAAGCAAGAGCCAUCGUCGUUCUCUGACGACAACAUGCCAAUUCAGAGCAGAGGCGGCUAUCAGCUGGAUUUUGACAACCUGGACGCCAUAGAUCCUUUUCAGGGCUCCAACAAGAUGAUCCUCUCUCCUGUGAAACAUGUGGUCGAAGCUCCUGUUGGGACAGCUUCAGAGAACAUCCUCCAGAAACCAGUGGCUGUAGCCAGCCUGGACGACACGCUGCCGUUCACGCCAUCCAUGGAAAACUCCUUAGCGGACGCUUCUGCUGAUGUCGGCUCCAGAGAGAGCAGCGUGGUCACUGUGAAUGUGGUCAAGGUAUCCGAAAUGGAAGAGCAAGACUUGUGUGCAGCUACACCUGAUGACGUGUGUGCUAGCACAGGCCAACAGGAAGCAUCUGGCACUUUUGUGGAGGAUGCGCCUCUUCCAGCAAAGGGCUCCUAUAACCUGGACCUUGACAACCUUGAUGCCAUCAAUCCGUUCCAGACCGGAGGCUCUAAAAUCCAGAAUUCACCUGUUAUUCAAAGAAAGGUGCCAGGCAGUGAUCCACCUGCAGAGGAGCCUAAACCAGCCGAUGCUCCGGAGGAGGAGAAAACCAUGCCUUCUGAGUUGGAUGUGAAGCCUGCAAAAGCGACUGGAUCUGAGCUUCCUGAUGUUCGCGUUCAAGAAGGACCGAUUAAACUGGAGUUCAACUUUGGAGACAACGGUGAAGUCAAACGAAAACCACCACCGAAAAAAUUUGGUAAAAGAUUCACAGAUGUGAAACGUAAAGAAAAAAAGCCAGAGGCUGACCCUAAACCCUCAGAAGAUCCUGCUGUCAAACCUGCUCCAAGUGAUGAUGCAGAUGUUCCAAAAGAAAAAAAAAUAGAGGCUGACCCUAAACCCUCAGAAGAGGCUGCUAUCAAACCUGCUCCAAGUGAUGAUGCAGAUGUUCCAGUUCCCAAAGCUUCUUACUCCUUUGACUUUGAGAAGUUUGAUGAUCCAAACUUCAAUCCUUUUGGCAGCAAGACAGCCAUUACCAACUCACCAAAGAGUAGCAAUGUCUCCAACGUACCCAGCUCCAUCCUCCAGGAAAUGACUGCAGAACAAACCAAGAACCCAGAGGAAGAGAAACCUGCAUCAUCUGAGGGGGCUGCAGAGAUGUUGCCUCCUGCUGAGCCCAAUCCAGCAGCGAUGGGCGAUUACUUGGCUCUCACCGACAAAGACCUUAAAGAUGAAGCUGCCAGUCAGAACCUCCAGGCCCAGCUUCCCUCUGCGCAGCAGCUUCAGAUGGCCUCACUGGGCUCAGAGGAAAUUUUUCUUCCUGGAACCAUGUUCAUGGCCAGUGACUUUGACGGGCAGAUUGAUUACCUGGAGCAGUUUGGCUCCAGCAGCUUCAAGGAGUCUGCACUGAGGAAACAAUCGCUGUUCCUAAAGUUUGAUCCCCUCCUGAGAGAAAGCCCAAAGAAGUCUGGUGGCCCUGCUGCUCAUCUGCUCUCUGCUGCCCCUACUGGUCUGGCCUCCCGACUCAAUGAUGCAGAGAAGGAGUCAACUAAAACGCUGAACAACAAUCUUCUGGUCCCAAAUCUUGUCCCUCAGUUUCCAAAACCUGCAGAAAGCGAAGAGGCCAUUAUUGAAGUGCUGAAGUACAGCCAGAAAGACCUGGAUGCAGCCAUCGCUAGGGUGCAGGCAGAGACCAAGGUGAAAGAGGAGCAGUGGGAUGCAAAGUUUAAAAAGCUGCAAGAUGAUGGUCAAGAAAUGAGGAAGGUCAUCGCAGAAUAUGAGCUGCUAAUUGCAAAUAUAAAUGCCAAUCAGGAAAAGGAGCGGGAAGAGGCCCAGAAGAAUCUCAGCAAGGCUCUGAUGGAGAAGCAGCAGGUGUCCAGCGACCUGAACGCUAUGGAGAGAUCCUUCGGAGAGCUUUUUAAGAGACUUGAGAAGUACAAGGAAGUUGUGGAGGGUUACAAAAAGAAUGAAGAGACGCUGAAGGCCUGCGCGCAGGACUACUUGGAAAGGAUGAGGAAGGGGGAGCAGCGCUACCAGGCGCUGAAGGCUCAUGCUGAGGAGAAAAUUAACCUAGCAAAUCAACAAAUUGCUGAGGUUCGAUCCAAAUAUAAGGCAGAGCUUUCGGCUCUUCAAGUGCAGCUACGGCGAGAGCAGCUGAGGAUCCAGACGUUGGAGACGAGCCUCGAGCAGAAGGAAAAAGAAGUGGGAGAGCUCACCAAGCUCUGUGAUGAGCUGAUAUCAAAAGUCCAGAAAGGUUGAUCUGUAAAUGCAUUUUCUUAUUGUUCUUCUCUCUGUUGGUACCUUUCUUCCUGUAGUUUAUUUGAAUGUCUUUCACUGUCGAACUUGUACAAUAAAGAACUUAUGUUUUUCUUAAUCUA